GCUACAGUUUGCUGGCCUGAACUGUAGGGGAAGUGAAUGUAUUAAAUAGCAUGGCAAAUCCUCAUCCAGUCACACAGCACUGCAUCAUUCCUGCAGGCAGACAAGGUUAAUGCGCCGUUGCUGUUCGUACACAGGUCGUCCUACAGCUUGAAUUACUACCAUGCCUCUCGGGAAGAAUGGGAAAAAGAAGGUGGAAGACAUUAACAUGGUGUAUGACAUCAAGGAGAAGCUAGGAGCGGGAGCCUUCUCCGAGGUGGUCCUGGCACAGGAGAAGAAUUCAGAGCGACUGGUGGCCUUGAAAUGUAUCCCUAAGAAAGCACUGCGUGGCAAGGAAGCCGUGGUGGAGAACGAGAUUGUGGUUUUGAAGAAGAUUAAUCACAAAAAUAUAGUCGCCCUGCAAGACAUUCAUGAGAGUCCCACUCACCUGUACCUGGCGAUGGAGCUUGUCACAGGUGGCGAGCUGUUUGACCGCAUUAUCGAACGUGGAUAUUACACAGAGAAAGAUGCCAGCCAGCUGAUCCAGCAGGUUCUAGAGGCUGUCCAGUAUUUACACAAUAUGGGGAUUGUGCACCGUGACCUCAAGCCAGAAAAUCUUCUUUAUGCAACACCCUUUGAGGACUCCAAAAUUAUGAUUAGUGACUUUGGCCUGUCCAAGAUUGAAGAUGGUGGUAUGAUGGCCACAGCCUGUGGGACUCCAGGCUACGUGGCCCCUGAACUCCUGGAGCAGAAACCAUAUGGGAAAGCUGUGGACAUAUGGGCAAUCGGUGUAAUCUCUUAUAUCCUACUCUGCGGUUACCCCCCUUUUUAUGAUGAGAAUGACUCAGAACUUUUCAACCAGAUCCUAAAGGCAGAGUAUGAAUUUGACUCACCGUACUGGGAUGACAUAUCUGAAUCAGCAAAAGACUUUAUCCGACACCUACUGGAGAAAGAGCCUGAGAAACGGCUGACGUGUGAGCAGGCCUUGCAGCAUCCUUGGAUCUGUGGGGACACAGCAUUAGAGAGAGACAUCCAUGGAUCAGUGAGUGAGCAAAUCCAGAAGAAUUUUGCCCGCACUCAAUGGAAGAGGGCCUUCAAUGCAACUUCGUUUUUGCGCCACAUCACAAAAAUGGGGCAAAGCGCUGAGGCAGAAUCAGAGGAAAACCCAGUAGAGGCUGUCCCAGAUGAGAAGGACAAGUGGUGAUGGAAGCUGGAAACCGAAGACUUGACGCCUGGAGUCCCUGCUACCUGGGACCUCCAUGUCAGGCACUACAGCCUUGCAUGAGCUUGUGGUGACACCUGUCUGCAUGAUGCCCUCAGUGGCCAAUGGCUGUUCUUCCCCCUAGCCCACGAUGGCCUCCCUCUACUCCCCCAGUCCCUCCAGCUGGCCCAGAAUUCUGAGAAGUUAUUGAGGUGGGGGUACACAAUGAAGCUUCACAAAUGGUGGUUCCUAAAGUUCCUCCCCCUUUACAAGGAAGAACCAUAGAGGAUUCAUUUACUGGGUGACUUCCCUUUUUACAUUCCGCUGAUCAGUCCUCAAAGAGAACUGCAUAUGGCAGGUACGGAUCAGAAAUCCGUAGGGGAUGGUGCACUACCUCAGAGCAAGAACACAGUGGUUACCGGCUAGUGGGUAUUUAUGUAGUCCAAUUGAUAUGGUGUAGGUAGUGCAUUCAGUUCUUUUGAUCUCUUUCCUUUGUAACUUGUGUUAUCAUAAUCUUCUGCGUUCUCUACUAAUUCUUCAUUUGUACAGUUGACUUCUAGAUAUGUAUAAGCACUUAUUGCUUAUAGGACUAAUCACCUUCAUUUUCAUAGAAAGGUGAUGAGUGCACACAGCAACAUAAAAGUGCAAAUGUCUACCACGUGUCUAAAUGUAUAGCCAAACUUUACUCUCACUAGCUUUAUAGACAACAAUGCGGGAUAAGCCUGACGUAUGAGGCCUACACACACACAUUAAUAUAUAUUAGUGGUCUUCCACGUGGUUGUCAGAUUGUUAGGGUGUAAGGGAAUCAGUGACAGUUGGGACAGGUGGAAGAGACACGUUUUAGCUUAGAGCUAGGGCAGCAUUUUGCUUAUCUAUACUGACUGUUAAUGUAACUCAUAAACACAUUUUAGCAUCUAUACUAUGUCACAUACUAAUAAAGAAAUCAAACCCCUAAAUACAAAUAUAAUUAUAUUUAAUUGGAUAUAGAGUAGGGUGUAGAGCAGAAUCAGAUGUCAUUAUGAAGUUUGAGUACAAUAAAAUAAGAGUGACAAUUUAUGGGACAUAACAAACAAAUUAAAAAUGAAUUUGGGGGAACGGGAGACUGGGAUGUGGGAGGAUAGGCUGGUGAGCUGAAUUUUAUUUGAAAUUGGAUGUAAAGCUGUUCUUAAUUUUAAGUGAAUACUUGAGUAUUUCAAAGUAAACCCAUGCUGUUUGGUGCCAAGACACCGAUUCUUGUUCCUUGCUGUAACUACUACUUUUGUAGGGGUUUAUAUGACCCCAAAAACACAUUCAGUGCACAAAAAGAGCCAAAAUCACUUCUUGUGAACACAUAUUUUUCUGUGAGUGACAAAAUAGAUCUUGUGAAUUCCCUGUCCUUUCUGGGUGCGGCUGUGCCAAAGAUGAAAUUGUGCUUAGGCUUCUGGUGUCAUUAAGUAACUAAAAUCCUGUGUUUUUUUUUCUCUAGAUGAAUUUAUUCUUGUGUAUUGGUUAUCUCACAUUAAAUACAGUGCUGUCCUGUACAAAA